GCAUUUUCUUUGUGAAAAAAAAAAAGGUCAGAGUGCAAAAAUGGCGUUGUUGAAACUGCUUCUGUAUUCAUUUUUAUUUCUCCAAAUUUUCUCAACAAUUUCAUCAAAUGGAGUUGCUGAUUCAGAACCAAUUGUUGAUUCAGAUGCAGAUUCAUCUAUCAGACUCCAACUUGACCAACUCAACUCCAAAAUUUCCCUUUUAGAGUCGCGUAUUGACGACAGUACUCGUGAACUGAGGACGAAGGAUGAGAGAAUCAAAGAGCUGGAGAAUACGGUUGACUUGAAAUUAGCCAAAUUGUCUUCUCUACAAAGUGAACUUCAGUUAUUUCAGGAAAAAGGUUCCCUUAAUGCAAAAGUGCUGGUUGCGAAGGCUAAUGUUCGUGCCACUGAACUUGAACGCCAGAUAGAUGCUCUUAGAAGGGAAACAGAAGCACAAAACAAGAAGAAAAAUAUUCUUGAAAUCAGUACAAAUGAAGCGGAGGAGAAAAUACAGGAACUGAAUCUAAAACUUGAAAGUCUACAACGGAUAAAUGAGGAGCAGAAUGCUAGGAUCCGUAAGACCAAACGUGCUCUUCAAGUGGCAGAGGAAGAAAUGAUGAAGGCUAAAUUGGAGGCCUCUUCUGUUUCUGAGCAGCUUGAGCAGGUUAAAGAAGGAUGGCUUCCACCUUGGCUUGCCGUUCAUCUUGUACAUUUUCGGUCAAUUGUUAUGACUUACUGGAAUGAGCAUGGAAGACCAUCUUUGGAUCUGACCUUAAAAAAGGCCCUGGAGACCAAAUCUGAAGUAGUAAAGAUGGCGAAGCCUCAUAUUCACUCAUUUAAAACAGUAUGGAUCCCAGCUAUGAAAGAGCGCUCAGUGGAAUUUGCUCGUGAUGCCGGGCCUCAUAUACAGAGGCUCAAGACUAAGAGCAUUCACCUUUAUCACGAAUCCAAGAAGUUUAUGGAACCUCAUAUUGUGAAUGCACAGGAGGUCAUCCAACCCUACGUCAAGGAAGUUAGGAAAGUCACAGACCCUUAUGUUGACCAAGUUUCACUGGUGAUGAAACCUCAUAUUGACAAAGCAAGGAUUCUCUUGCAACCUUACACCAAGAAAGUUCAUCGUCAUUAUAGGAAGGUCAAGAAAACUGUCAGUUUAUAUCAUCACCAGGCUCAA